AUGGCUUUCCACGACCAUCUGGCGCACGAAAUCACGUUCCAGCCGUUCACGGAGGAGCAGCAGAUGGGUCAGGGCAGAGACAUGCAGCGGCUGCUUCCGCUCUCCGGCGGAGCGCCGACGUGGCUUAGCGGCAGCAACGCGGCGACGCUCCGGCAGCAGAAUUUCCUCCACCUGCAGCCGGAGUCGGCGACCGCGCAGCCAAACGACGACGUUCGGGGAGGCAUGGAUCGGAACCGGACGGAGAGCAACUCGGAACCGGACGACUUGGCGGAAUACAAAGCAGACAUUCUGGGACACCCGCUUUACGAUCAGCUCCUAUCAGCUCACGUCUCGUGUCUGAGGAUCGCCACGCCCGUUGACCAGCUUCCACGGAUCGACGCGCAGCUUCAGCAGUCGCAGCGCGUCGUUGACAAGUACUCUAGCCUCGGAAACGGCGUUGUCGACGACAAAGAGCUUGAUCAAUUCAUGUCGCAUUAUGUUAUACUUCUCUGUGCUUUUAAAGAACAAUUGCAACAACAUGUCCGCGUUCAUGCCAUGGAAGCUGUUAUGGCUUGUUGGGAGCUGGAGCAAUCUCUACAAACCUUGACUGGUGUAUCUCCCGGGGAAGGAACGGGUGCAACUAUGUCCGACGAUGAAGAAGACCAGGCUGAGAGUAAUGCCAACUUAUACGAAGGAAGCAUGGAUGGCGCUGAUAGUCUCAGUUUUGGACCUCUUGUUCCCACUGAGACUGAAAGAUCUUUGAUGGAGCGUGUGAGGCAGGAGUUGAAGCAUGAGCUAAAACAGGGUUACAAGGAGAAGAUUGUGGACAUAAGAGAGGAAAUUCUACGAAAGAGAAGAGCGGGGAAGCUCCCAGGUGACACCACUUCCCUUUUAAAAGCUUGGUGGCAGUCACAUUCCAAAUGGCCAUAUCCAACUGAAGAAGACAAGGCAAGGUUGGUGCAGGAAACAGGCUUGCAACUAAAGCAGAUAAAUAACUGGUUCAUAAAUCAAAGGAAAAGGAAUUGGCAUACUAAUCCUUCUUCUUCUAGUGGCUCCAAAAGCAAACGCAAGAGGUGA